GUGAGACAGUGAGAUUUGCCGACGCCGAGCACCAUGCAUGGUUCGACCCCACACUGUGGCAGGCUGUGUCCCCCAGCGAGGAGCUUGAGCCAAGUGGGCACAUCUUUUCUGUGGAUGAGGAACGUGUCCCGUGCCGCUACGAUGAUGUUAUCUUCCAGCCCGAAACCUCCUUCCGGAUAAACAUCGACUCAUCACAGCGAGUGAUUAAUCUCCGCAGCAUCUCUCUCAUGGGCCAGGAGUUCAGCAGCCCCGAGGCCUGGGCUGGGUACCUGCGGGGUCCCUCUGCUCCACUGCAGUUUCACGGCAAUGGCACUCUCCAGGUGACGGGCACCAGCUGUUCCGACAAGUCUGGCUGUUCCUGCGGGAAUGCUCCGGAUGGCCACCGCAUCUGCGCAGCCCUGCUCAGGGCGUCGGGGAGGCAGUGCCCAGCACUGACGUGCCAGAGCCCUUUGCAGCCCCUUGGCCACUGCUGCGAGGUCUGCGGGGCCACCAUUAGCCUGGAUUUCACUCCUUAUUUUGACCUGCAGAAGUACCGGGACAGACUGGUCCAAGCCUUGCUGAGCCAGCCCAAGUAUGCUGGCGUGCAGAUGGCCAUAUCCAAGGUGGACAAAGCACAGACCUUCCUGGGAGUCAUACCCCGAAGCUCCACUCCCCUCAUCCAAAUCGUGCUGAUCGAUGAUGGGGCAGGAGUGCAAACCGGCACUGCUGCGGAGCAGCUGGCAGCAGACAUCAUGGAGCACAUCACACAGCACGGUGAGGCGCUUGGCAUCUCAAGUGCCAAAAUGGAGGUGGCCUCUGGCAGCACUUUGAGCAGGCAAGUGGGAAGCUAUGCAUCAAGCAAGAUCACAGCAGGGACGGUCUCGGGGCUGCUCUUCAGUCUCCUGUUGCUUGGAGGGAUCCUCUUUCUCUACAGAAAAGGAAAACUAAGGUUGCCCACCCUGCGCGUCCCCCGGCCCUGGGACAGAGCGGAGGACCUGGUGUCCCCUGCACCAGGCAGUGACAAAGGCUUCGACAACCCCAUGUUCGACGUGGAACCACCAAGUGUUGAUCCUGGAGAGGAGACAGGGCAGGAGACGGCUCCCAAAGACCACCAGGUAUUCUACCUCAACCCUCUGUAUGAUGCAAGUGAGACGGAGACCUGA